AUGAACGCUUACGUUUUAAGUGUAAUUGAUGCCUUGCCCGCAUCUAAUCCGAGAUUGAAGGAAAUCCAACAAGUCCAAGAUGAAGACGAGGUAUGCAAAGAAGUGAAGGAAUACUGUAUGGAUCAAUGGCCAGAAAACGAUCAUGUCACUCCUGCCGUUAAACCUUACUGGUCAGUACAAGGAGAGCUCACCAUCGCCGACGGGUUAUUGCUCAAAGGAACAAGACUGGUUAUUCCAUCCCGCUUGCAACGCCAAACCCUCAACCAAAUACACGAAGGUCACCAAGGCAUCAGCAAAUGCAGAGAACGAGCCAAGAUAUCCGUUUGGUGGCCAGGACUCAGUGCCCAAAUUAAAGUCAUGGUCGAAAACUGUACAACAUGCAGCAAAUACAGACAGUAGCAUCCAGAACCAUUGAUGCCAACGUCACUCCCUCAAAGACCAUGGCAAUUGAUUGCAACAGACCUUUUUAUUCUAGAAAAGGUUACUUACCUACUGGUGGUAGAUUAUUAUUCUCGCUACGUUGAAGUUGUGGCAUUACCUAAAAGUACAAGUUCAUCGAAGAUCAUUCAAGCCCUGAAAACCAUUUUCGCCAGGCACGGGAUUCCUGACGAGGUACGUUCCGACAAUGGGCCUCAAUGUCAUAGUGACGAGUGACGGGAUUCAAACACAGUACCAGCAGCCCUCGUUAUCCUCAAGCGAACGGCGAAGUGGAACGGGCGCCCAGUAAAGACAGUGAAAAACAUCCUGAAGAAGGAACAAGAUCCAACAAAAGCACUACUGGCAUAUAGAUCAACACCAUUAGCAAGCGGAUACUCUCCAGCAGAAUUCCUUAUGGGAAGAAAGAUAAAGUCAACAAUACCAAUAACGCUACCACAUUUAACACCACAACUGCCAAACCAGAAACUCUUCAUAGAAAAGGAAGAAGUAUAUAGAUCGAAGCAGAAAAAGAACUUUGACAAUCGCCACAAAGCUCAACUAUUAAAACCUCUACCACCAGGAGCAACAGUUUAUAUCACAGACAUGGAUUGUACCGGAACAGUAAUUAGACCAUCAAAGAAAGCAAGAUCAUAUCUGGUUGAUACUCCUACAACGGUAGUGAGACGAAACCGAAAACAGCUGCAAACAUUCGCAAGGACAUUGAUAAGAAACAAGAUGAACAGGAAACAACACCAUCAUUAA